AUGCCUGUUGAGACUAAAUUGUAUGACGCCUUGAGCGUCAACCCUAGUGCCACCCAAGAUGAAAUCAAAAAGGCCUACCGCAAAGCAGCUUUGAAGUACCAUCCCGACAAGAACAAGGACAACCCGGCUGCUGUUGAGAAAUUUAAAGAUGUCUCCCAAGCUUACGAAGUUCUCUCUGACCCCGAAAAACGCAAGGUCUACGAUCAAUUCGGCCUCGAAUAUCUUAUGCGUGGUGGCCCUGCACCCUCUCCCGGCGGCGGCGGCGCUGCUGGCGCGGGAGCUGGCCCCGGUGGAAUGCCCGGAGGAUUCAACUUCGGCGGCAUGCCAGGCGGCGGCGGUACGCGCACAUUCCACUUCUCAACUGGAACUGGUGGAACCAACGGAUUCCGAUUCAGUAAUGCAGACGACAUCUUCCGCGAGUUCGCCAAGGCUGGCGGUGGAGGUGGCGGCGGAGCCGGUGGCUUUGAGGAUGAUGACAUCUUCUCCAUGCUUGGAGGCAUGGGCGGCGGUGGCUUCCGCAGCCGACCAUCUGCUGGAGGAUUUUCGGCCAAGGCCAAUCGUGCACCUACUCCAGAACCGACUGUCGUUGAGAAAGACCUCCCUAUCACACUGGAAGAGACCUUCAAUGGCGUUACCAAGAAGGUGAAGACGAAGAGCAAGGCAUUUGAUCCGAGUGGCAAGCGGACCGGUCAGGAUGUCACUUUGGAGGCAACCAUCAAGCCUGGCCUACGCCCCGGCUCGAAGAUCAAGUACAAGAACGUGGGCGACCAGGAAGAAGGCGGCCGCCAGGACGUGCACCUGAUUGUGAAAGAGGUGCCACACCCAACCUUCACUCGCAAGGGCGACGAUCUUGUCACCAGCGUCGAACUCAGCCUCAAGGAAGCUCUGACGGGCUGGGAGCGAAUUGUGAAAACGAUCGACGGCAAAUCCAUCCGCGUGUCCAAGCCUGGACCAACCCAACCAGGUCAUGAGGAGCGUUUCCCCGGCUUGGGAAUGGUGAUUUCCAGGAAGCCUGGCGAGCGCGGCGAUCUCGUGGUUCAGGUCAAGGUGAAAUUCCCGACCAGCUUGGACUCCAACACUAAAGAAGUCCUCCGAGAUUUGCUUCCUUAA